AGUGGUUCGUAACCAUGUUUAAUAACAACAACAACAACAACACAAACCUCCGAUAAAUAAAAAGUUAGACCUUCAAACUUUCUAUUGUUUUAGCAUAAAAAGGACCAAAUGUAAAACCAAAACAUAAGGAUGGACAAACUGACAGGGAUAUUUCCUGCUUUACCACAGCUUGCAUCCGUCUCUCAGAGAACUAAAUUAAUCACGGUUGGAAUUACAGCUGGCUUUUCAUUUCUAUGGCUGUUAACUUCCUUAUUGCGUCGACAACGUGCUAAGUCUAGCAAGAAAAGCACAGGGGCUCACAAUAAGCAAAGGAACCGUAGUGGAAGAAUACCACUUACUGCUACAAGCCCUAAUGGAGAGCUCCCCUACAGAAGUCGCAGUCCCAGCUCCCUUAGAUCCCUUCUUAGAGAGAAGUCCCUGUCUGGGUCGACUGCAAGUCUAGGGGCAGUCUCCACCAGCACCACAUCAACCAUCAUACAUCCAACAUCUACUGUGGAUACUACUGAUAUGACUCCACUGCAGUUGUGUGACCUGGGCCUUGAGACCUUGAGCCAGGCUGUCAGCUACUGGGAAGACGCUGUGAUGAAGAUGGGCUACCUUGAUGACAAUCCUGUACCUGCAAUUACUGAUCCAGACACAGCGUCGCUUCAACAUCGUCUAGAGCACCUGCUGGAGAUGGCGUACCACAUGCAGGACUCGUACGAGCGGGACGUGGUGCGGGCCACAGACCACAUGGUGUUUGACACCGCAUUGGCAGCAUUCACGGAGGCAGAGAAUGCAGCGAGGUCUCGCACCAUGAGUAUGGGAUCUUCCUCAGAUCUGGAGUCAUUUGUGUCAGCAACUGACCUUGCAGAUUUGUCUGACCUGGACCAGCACAGGGAGCUGUUCAAGAAUCUGUACCUGUAUGAGUCUGGACUUAUGGAGCUGAAGUAUGGGUCUGUGCCGUGUAGAACACUCAGAUCAGAGAUGACCCAGUGCAUGUCUGAUACAGAAUUUUUAGCCAAACUGCAUUGCAUUCGGCUUGCCAUGAAUGAAAUCUUUUCGGUACAAGAAAACCGAGAAUAUUUUGCUGAUAUGGGCAAGAAAAUCAUCAGCAGCCUUCUUCUGCAGGCAGAAAGAGAUACAGAUGAUUUUGUUAUGGCGUAUUCGUCGAUGCUGGACUUUGUGAACAAUCCAGAUAACUGGACCAAAAUGGAGGAAGAACUAAAGGGUAGAGGGGUUAAGACCUUCACAUUCUAUGAUGUUGUGUUGGACUUCAUUCUUAUGGACGCCUUUGAUGACCUGGAGAACCCUCCCUCCACUGUGACAGCUGUUGUCAAUAACCGCUGGCUGUCAAAUGGUUUCAAAGAAACGGCCCUGUCGACAGCAGUGUGGUCAGUAUUGAAAGCCAAGCGGAGAUUGCUCAAGUUUUCUGAUGGGUUUAUCAGCCGUUUCUACAACAUCUCUGAGUCUGUAAGCCCAGUCCUAGCAUGGGGAUUCUUGGGACCAGAUUCCAAAAUGAAAGACCUCUGUUAUUAUUUCAAGGACGUAGUCCUGGGCCUAAUACGGGACAUGUUCAGUUUCGAGAAGGCCCGCUAUACAUCCCUUGAGGCGCUAUCCAGUGACAUCUUGUUGCUAGCAACCACUCGUAUGGACCAAGCCCUUAGCAAACUCAGUGCAGACCCCAGGUGAUAUUUAACCGUUAAUGGGGUGUAGGACCUUAAAUUUUAUAUUAAGGAGAACUCAAGUUUUUUAUGGAAGCAGUGGUCUGCAAGUGAUCUUCGAGCGUUGUUAUUUUCUAGUGUGGUUUUAUUAAAUUGACAAGUGUUCGUUUCUUUGAGAAAGAAGCUGUAAUGUGAUAUUCCAUUGUUGUUGUUUGCAAGGGUCUUUAAAUAAACAGGUGGCAUGUUUUUGUAUCUAUGUAUACGAAAACGUGUGAUAUUUAGUUUUUCUCAGUGUUUUAUUACUUUAAAAUGUACAUUGACAAUUCAUGUGUGGUCGUUUCUAUGGAAGCGAACAACUCAACUGAUUUUAGUUUUUGUCAUCUAAGGUCUUUUAAUGAACAUGAUCUAUUGGUUGGUCCCACACAAGUGGGGUUGAAGGGCAGCUGUACUUGAUUUCAAAAGAAGAAACUUAGCUGUUUUUAUACUGCAUAAUAUGUUAAAUACCUACCUUAUUGCUAAUGUAUACUAGUAUGUUAAUUAAAAGAAGUGUCAAAAAGUGUGUAUAGUUUCAAGUUGGUGUUAUAAAAACUUAAAAACCACAGCAGAGAUUAACAAGACAUCUAUUAUGUGUGUGAAUGUCGUCAUAAACGACAUAGAAGUGCUUUUAAUAGUGUGUUUACUAUUAUUAUAUUUAAUCUUGAUUUGCAUGCAUUUGAUAUAGAAACGUAUCAUUCGUUCAUAUAUUUACAGUUAUUAUACUAGUGUUUACAGUGAAUAUAUUAUGUUACACGAAAAAUAAGACAAUGACACCCAACUGUACAAGAAUGUUUGUUUUUAAUCAGGGUAAUGUGAAGUCGUGAAAUAAAAUAUAUAUAAAGGUU